CUCACUUCUACACAGAAACACUAUGGAACACACCACAGACAUAGAGGCGGGUCCGAGCAAGCUGGCGGCUUCUCAGACUCUCCAGAAGAAACCAAGAAAAUCCGCCCUUUCAACUCCUGUAAUCAAUGACAAUGGUGACGACUCUGGACCCACCUCUGCAAAAGCUAUUUCGGGCCCUGCAACGGGUGGACAAGGAGACGAAGAGGAGGAGGGUGAAGAGAGGAUGGAUUUUAAACUUAUUCAGAGCUUUGCCGAUAAAAUUCAACUCUUGCCUACGGCCGACAGCGUGGAUGGCUUGACAUCUCGACCGCAAGUCAUCAUUCCCAGACGUGGAGAAAAGGACUUUGAGCCUCUACAGGAGACUGUCAAUCUACAAGAGAUGAUGUUGGAAAAGAGCCGACAAGCAUUGUUCAACGCUCUCAUUGGUGUGCGUGGAGGUCACAAUAACUCUAUAUCCCAUGCCCUCUUGACACCCAAGAAGCCAUUUCCUCGAGUGCUAGUUGUUCAUGGACAUUUGCUGGACACUAUGGGUAUCACUGUUCGGACUCCUCCCCCGGCCGGUUCCAAAGGCAAAGGAAAAACUAGUCUUGAACUCUUACCCGAAGAGGCUCUCUACCUGCUAGAACGUGGAUCGCUGCAAAUAUGGAUAGGAAGGGACCCCGAAACUGAUGAGGAAAUUGAAGCAGGCGUUGGAGAAUGGUGCGAUGAAGAGUAUGGGGUCAAGGGCGCUAUUGAGAUGAGCGUUAUGGAAGGUUUUGGGGCAUUCAUCGGCCGAGAAGGAUUGACUUGGGAGCGUUACCAGGCCUAUUCGUAUCUUAAACGUCUUGGCUACAAUGUCCAAAGGUCCCGUCAGUUCAUCCCAGAAUACUUCUUAACGGCACCCUUAGUGCAGCUUGAUGAACAAGAUCCCCGGUUGCCGCCCUUCAAUACCUGGUGGUUAAAUAUUCCCAAGUGGAUCGCAGAGUUCUUUAAGGCGUUUGUUAGAGGUGUGCAACGUGUGGCUGGAAGCAUGGCAAGCGUUGGUUUGGGGUUACGCUUGACGAGGGAUCCGUUCAAGGGUACUCUGUUGAACGGCUGGAGGGGUUCAAGUUACAACUCGUUAUUCUCCUAUCUGCGCGUUGUUCCUGCCGGUCACGACAAACCACUCUCGCCUCGCCCAGCCCCUCCUCCCUCUGACGAUAUCUACGCUCCUCUCGUCCACAACCCUUACAUCCCAUUCUGGCAUAUCUGGAAGCCCAUGACCCCUUGGUCAAAGAGGAAUUGGGAUAAGGGUAGCGAGGAAGGGCUCAGAACCCAGAGACCUGAUUAUUUUGCAGCUGUCAUCCAGGCGAGGAUCACGCCUCUGCCCACUAUUCAUCAACUUGAAGAAAUUUACGCUAUGCUGCCCGAUGAACCCAAAGGUCCAAUCAAGCGAUACGGUCCCCAAUACCAGCGCCCUCCUCGCGCCCAAGCGUCAAAGCCCCAUAUACAGACCCCCACUCAGAUUCCUUCUCGUUUACAAUCGCUCUUAGAGCGUAUGGGUUGGAAGCAGCAGGCGAAAACAAAGCCACAGGCCCCUAAUGUCAACGUUGGAGCGCUCCGUAAUGGCGAUAGAGGAUUCAUUGUGGGUGUCAAUGAUUCAGGUAAUAAUGCUUGGAUUCGUUUCGGAAGAACAGACUUUUCGCAGACUCCAGCAAUCUAGAGAAGGAGUCGCAUUCCAAGAUGAUGAACUUUACGAUAUGCUAGGCGUACAUGUACAGUUACAUAAUGCGGAAUCAUAAAAGCUCAAACACGAACUUUUUACCAACCAGUUUCCUUUUCGAAACGGUCAAGCUGAGCUACUGAUGAGGCGACCUCUUUCUGUCUAGCUGUUCUACGAUAGAAGAUGGGACAAUCGGCAGAGGUGCAAAUAACGUCCUAGCGUGCUGUGUCAGCAUUACCGGCAAUGACAGGCCAUCUGCAGCCUGCUACUCACUUGAUGUAGUGAGCCCUGACAUCUCUGGCAUUGUGUCCAUAAUCGCGCAAAGUCGAUUUGCAAUGCUGAGGUUUGAGCAACUUGCUUUUGGUACAAUUCUGGAAGCUUUGGUCGACAGUUAACGCAAACGGCACUCUCUACUCGCAAUCAGCGAUCAGCGAUUGAUUUUGAUACAUGGUCAUGACCCACCGUUCUUGCCUCGAAGAGGGGUUCUACAGCCCAUACACGUCACCGUUUUGACCGCAAACUUCAUCAACCCGCCAAUGCUUAAUUGCGUAAUAUUCACUGUUUUGACUUACGCAAGCUAUUGGCUUUCUCACCAAGGAUAGGCUCGAAAAUCCUCAUCAAUGGCUUUGAAAGUUGGUUUUCCAGAUAAUAUCGGGUGUCAAUGGGAACAUUGUGUUCCAAAACAUACAGAGGAUCUUCAGACUUUUCGUACGCUGCAGCGCCUUUAACGCCUUUGACAAUGACAUAGGCCACUCGAUCACCCAAACUAGGAGCCGAACCAGCGUCACGCUUCCUCAUCCUCUCUACUAAUUCAACGUGUGCUUGUUUGGCGGCAUAGUCAGCUUUGGCAAGGGCUUUGGUGAUCACGAGCUGAGACAUGUCAAUCUUGUUUUGUAAAAGAUCGGCGAUAGUGUCCUUGACAUAGCUAGAGAAUGACAUAUCAGUGGUCUGUGCUGUUCCAUGAUUCCGAGGAGCUUACUCCUCAGCACCCUUAACAUCUCGAUCAAUAAGCAUCUUGAAGAGACAAGUUUCGAUGACCGUGGACACCAAACGACAGUUGUCUCGUCGGACAGUCUAGUGACUCAUCAUUAUCA